AGAACAUUGCACAAGAAUCGAUUUUCUUACAUGUUUAUCAAUUACUGCAUUGAAUCACAGCAUAAUCAGACCAAAAACUGUAUUUCUUGGGAAAGCGAGAACAGGAAGUUCAACAAGCCUGUUUUUGUUUCAGUAGAAGACUUGGAGUACUUCUUGAGGUCAGAGUAA